AUUUGUUUUUAUCAGCGCCGCAUAAGAACAAUUGCGUGUACUUUUCGGCCAACCUAAUUAGUUUUUUCUUGGGCAACAUGAUCGAGUGAGACACACACAUAAUUGAAAAUAACACACACACACAGAGCUGAAUCACAAUCUUGUGACGUGGAGUCGCUAGUGGGCGAACAGGUUAAUUAAAUUAAGUGGAAUUGCAGCAAUGUCGGCAACUGCAAUAGCCAUAAAUGCGGCACUAUCCACCGCGGCGUACUGCAUGACGGUGCGAAUGAUACCGCGAUUCCGGGGGAUGUUCAUCAAGGCGAAUUUAUUUGGCAAGGAUCUGUGCAAAAAGGACCAACCACAAGUACCCGAAUCCUAUGGUGUUGUCAUUGGCUGCGUUUUCCUGGUGUCUAUGUUCAUAUUCAUACCCGUACCCUUUGCCUUUGAUGAAGCAGCUGCCACAGAUGCGGUGACUGGAGGCAAACCUGACACAUUUCCACAUGAUAAAUUCGUGGAAUUGAUUGCUGCCUUAUUAUCCAUUUGCUGUAUGAUCUUUCUGGGUUUUGCCGAUGAUGUCCUGGAUUUGCGUUGGCGUGACAAGCUUCUACUGCCCACCAUUGCUACGCUGCCGCUGCUUAUGGUUUACUAUGUCAACUAUAAUUCGACCACCGUGAUAAUGCCGAAUUUCGCACGUUUCCUACUGGGAACUUCGGUUAAUAUAGGUCCACUUUAUUAUGUCUUUAUGGGCAUGUUGGCGGUAUUCUGCACCAAUGCCAUUAACAUUUUGGCUGGCAUCAAUGGCCUGGAGGUGGGACAAUCAUUGGUUAUAGCUGGAUCGGUUUUGGUAUUCAAUUUAAUUGAAUUAUCAUUGGGACAUCAAGUGGAAUCGCAUGCGUUUUCUAUUUAUUUUAUGUUGCCAUUUUUUGCCACCUCAUUGGCCCUAUGGAAGUUUAAUAGAUAUCCAUCACAGGUAUUUGUGGGCGAUACAUUUUGCUAUUUCGCUGGCAUGACAUUUGCUGUGGUCGGCAUUCUGGGACACUUUAGCAAGACACUGCUCCUGUUUUUUUUGCCCCAAAUAUUAAAUUUUUUGUAUUCGACACCGCAACUAUUCCACUUUGUGCCAUGUCCUCGUCAUCGUUUGCCUAAAUAUGAUAGUAAAUCAGAUUUAUUACAUAUUAGCACAACAGAAUUCAAAUUGGAAGAACUGAAUCCAUUGGGUCGCCUCAUGGUCACCAUAUUGAGGAAACUAAAAUUGAUAAGCUGGCAAGAGGUGAGCACUGAUGGUCUAGUGCGAACGAAUAACUUCACUCUGAUUAAUUUUGUGAUGGUCCUCUUUGGGCCAACACAUGAGCGAGUGGUUACACAAAUAUUGAUGGGAUUCCAGGUGUUGUGUACCUUAAUGGCUCUAAUCAUACGCUAUCCAUUGGCCAAUUAUUUCUACACGGAAACGUCUAGGUAACCGAAAAUGUGGGAAGGGAUGGAAAUUUAGAAGAUCUAAUUUAAUAUUUAUUGAUAGAAAAGCAAGCCUCGGCAUUAAAUGUAAAUCGUAGUCUAAUGAACACACUAUUAUUCCUACACUAUUAUAUUUUCCCGAAAGUAAAUUAAGUUGAUUAAAUAAAUCCAAUUCGAAAGCCGAAA